AUGGCUGCUUUCAUAGAACAUUACCGCGAGGUUCUCGAGGACUACUACGACAUCUACUACGAAGAAUUGCUCGAACGAAUCCCUGUCAUCUCCACGAGGACAUACGUCUUGACCAUCCUCGCCAUCUGCAUACCUCCCAUCAUUGCCCUGAUCUUCUACGAACGGGAACAAGCCAGACUUCGAGCAGAGCAGCCGAAGGGAUGCAGGAAACUGGGCCUGAAAAUCGAGUCGAAUUUGCUCAAUGAAUUCGAUAGGAAGUUCUCCGAGGGUCGUCCCCCAAGUACCGAGGAGACAUCAGCUGAGUGGUGGAGAUUGAAGUCGUUAUGGAUCUAUCCUGUCAAGUCUUGCAGAGGUGUUGAGUUGAACAGGGGGACCGUCAUUACGACUGGCAUGGAAUAUGACCGCCAAUUCACCUUUGCUCAGCUCAAGAGCCCCUUCCCAGUUGGCGCCAAUACCCCAGAUAAGGAGAAGGCGGCACACAAAUGGGAGUUCAUUACCCAAAGACAGUUUCCUUUGUUGGCCAAGGUUCGAACAGAGAUGUGGGUUCCGGAUCAGAGUGUGGAUACGUACGCGCCUCACGCCGAGGACGUUGAGUCCGGGGGAGUAAUCAUAAUGAGCUUUCCUUACCAAGAAGCUGGCUGGAAGGGUAUGGUAGCGAAGUGGGGUGCUGCCGUGAAGGGCACGAUUCCUGAGAAGCAGUUCCGUGUCCCAUUCAACCCUUCCGAGGUGCAGAUCGAGAAGGCUGGGUACUCCUACGAGAAGAUGACGAUUUGGAAGGAUACGAUCAGCGCCUUGAACUUGGAGAUUGAGAUCCCGGAGGAGCUUAGGUACUACUUGGGCAUCAGCAACAAGUUGGGUUUGUUCAGGAUUGACAACUCGAAGCUGCGGGAGGUGCACAGGAAUGCACCGACCAAGGCGGAGUUGGGAUAUCAACCAGUAACAGGCUUCCAAGAUGCUUAUCCUCUCCACCUUGUCAACCUCGCCAGCAUUCGCGAUGUCGAGAGUAAGAUGCCAAAGGUCAAGGGGGCCCCCCGCCUCUCGGCAGCACGCUUCCGAGCAAACCUCAUAAUCACGGGCCCGGAUGCCUACCACGAAGAUACUUGGCGCCGUAUCAAAAUCGGUUACUACGAAUACGACGUAUCGUCCCGCACCGCCCGUUGUAAGAUGCCGAAUGUGGACAACUUAACGGGAGAAGUACACCCCAGUGAGCCAGACAAGACGCUGAGAAGCUUCCGAGCAGUGGAUCCAGGAACGGGCCCAAACAUCGGAUGCCUAGGAAUGCAAAUGGUACCGAUCGCUAGAGAAGGAGCGCUGAGAGUGGGAGACGAGAUCACGGUUUUAGAGGUUGGGGAACAUGUUUACAUUAAGCAAUAA